CAUCAAUUAUGAAAAUUUCGGCCUAAGGACACCAGUGUUUCUUUCCAGUGAGUUGUCAGCGAUGUACUUUAUUCACAGAACACAAGACCACGCGAUUCUAAAUGCCCAAACGAAAGACGUCAGCUGAAGUUUCCUUGGAGACGAAGUCUGGCGGGAGUGAUGCUUCGAUAAGCUCAACUAAAGAGAAUAACAAAAACUCCGGUAGUAGUAGUAGUAGUAAUGUCAGUUGCAAUGAGGAGGACUAUUCGACAAAAAGAGCAAGAAACAAUGCGGCUGUGAAAAAGAGCAGAGAGAAAGCGAAGUGUAAGAAACUACAAUACGAGGCCGAGGUCGAUGAACUGGAAGGGGAGAUAAGUGAGUUGGAGAAGAGGGAGUUAGAGUUGGACGAAAAGAUAGAGUCUCUGAAGAAGUUAAUAACUGAUGGAUAGUUUAGUUACAUCAGAGGUGAUAAAAUAUGAUCUGAUGUUACCGAGAAGAAAGAAAAAUGUACAUCUCCAAAUUCAACUAAAAUUUACACAACCAGCAUCAACAAUUGUAACAAUUUGACAGAAGAAGGGAUAAAAGAAAGGCCAAAUUUUUGUCUACCGUGGAUAAUUUCAACUCUUAAUUUAUACAUUAAUUAACAAAAACUGUUAA